CCCACUUAAGCUCACUGUUCAACGACCGAGAGCAGCUACCGAGAGGAACAGAGCUGCCCCGCGUGUGUGUCUGUAGCGGGAGACGAGUCCGGUCAGUCGCCAGACACUGUGAUCGCGUGUGAUAUUUGGUGUGUGCGUGUGAGGUGAGAGCAGGUCGCGACUCCUUUAAGAAGUCUUCCCGUCUGACCAUUGGCCCCUGUGACGUGUUGCUCCGUUCCCGUCGGCGGGGCGUCUCACGGAUAUGCUGCACCCUUUAAACCCGUUGAGCGGACCUAUGCGGGACUGAACCGUAAUCCAUCUCGUGGACGGUGCAGUUCGGUGUGCAGUUCUCAUGGAAUCUACUCCCGCUCGUGUCCUCCGUCUACCGAGAGCAGAAACACGGCGAGCAGCCGAGCGAGUGAAUCACGUCUCGUGCCCCUGUCUCCAGACCAACUAAUCACGUCGUGCAAUAUGGUGGUGGCUCUAGCUUAGACGCGACUGCUACACACACAUCUUACACACACACACACACCUUACACACACACACACACCUUACACACACACACCUUACACACACACACACCUUACACACACACACACACACACACACACCUUACACACACACACACACACCUUACACACAUGUGAUGAGAUGACGGCAGCAGAGCAGUUAGACAUGGAGGUCAUGACCCCUCUAAUGGAGGCGGCCCAAGAGGACAACUCUGAGGAGGAGGCGGAGCCAAGCGCUGUGCAGGCCAAUGAGGAGCAAGGGAUCACGUUCCUGCAGACGCUGCUGCACCUGCUGAAGGGGAACAUCGGAACCGGCCUCCUCGGCCUCCCGCUCGCACUCAAGAACGCCGGCAUUGUCCUGGGCCCAGUGUGUUUGGUGCUGAUGGGGGUGGUGUGUGUACACUGCAUGCACAUGCUGGUCAACUGCAGUCAUCAGUUAAGCGACAGGAUGAAGCGUCCUCCUCUGGGCUACAGCGACACCGUGGCCAUCGCCAUGGAGACCAGCUCCUCAAACGUGCUCCGCAGAGGAGCCCACUGUGGGAGGUUGCUGGUGAGCUUCUUCUUGGUUUUAACACAGCUGGGAUUCUGCAGUGUUUACUUUGUCUUCCUCGCAGAGAACAUCAAACAGGUGGUGGAGGGUAACCGUGGUAACGAGGAGGGGAUUGAUGUGCGGCUGUAUAUGCUCUUCCUGCUGCCGCUGCUGGUGAUGAUGUCAUUCAUCAGGGACCUACGGAACAUGGCGGUCCUCUCCGCACUCGCAAACACCGCCAUGGCCAUCAGCCUCAUCUUCAUCUUCACCUACAUCACCUCCGAUGUUGGUGAUCCAGGGCGGUUGCCCUUUGUGUCCAGCUGGAGGAAGCUUCCCUUCUUCUUUGGCACGGCCAUCUUCGCCUUCGAGGGCAUCGGAGUGGUGCUGCCGCUGGAGAAUCAGAUGAAGGAACCUGCUCGGUUUCCCCAGGCGCUCAAUGUUGGGAUGGGCGUGGUCAUAGUGCUCUACGUUUCCUUGGCAACGCUGGGAUACCUUCACUUUGGGGACGACAUCAAAGGAAGCAUCACACUCAACCUGCCACACGAUAGCUGGACCAACCAGCUGGUGAAGGUGCUGUAUUGUCUCGGGGUGUGUGUGAGCUUCGUCGUGCAGUUCUUCGUCCCGGCAGAUAUCCUGCUCCCGCCCAUCCUGGCCCGAGUGACGGACAGCUGGAAGCGGCCAAUCGAGCUGCUCCUCAGGGCUCUGCUCGUCUGCCUGACCUGUGUAAUGGCGGUGCUGGUUCCGCGGCUGGAUCUGGUGAUCUCAUUGGUCGGUGCGUUCAGCAGUUCUGCGCUGGCGCUGGUGUUUCCUCCGCUGGUGGAGCUGCUGCUGCUCUCCUCCGCCUCCUCCUCUCUUCCUCCCUCGCUCUCUCUCUCCGUCCUCGCGCCCUCGCUCUCGCUCCCCGUCCUCGCCAAAGACCUCGCCAUCGUGCUGAUCGGCAUUCUGGGAUUCCUCACCGGCACCUACGUCACCCUGGAGGAGAUCAUCACCCCCGGCGACCAGAGCCUUCACCAUGACAACACCACAUGGACAACGGCCACCCCUACUGCUCUGCCCACUGCCACGCCCACAAACUGAACACACACACACACACACACACACCUAUACACACACACACACACACACACACACACACACACACACACACCCCUAUAUAUACAUACAUACACACACACACACUCAGAGAGAGACAGAGGGACCAAACAGUGCCACACCCUGUGAAAUGAAAAUGGUUGUGUGUUUGGACCUUGCUUACAUUCCAGACCUCCAGGUGUGUGUGUGUACAUGGGCUACGUUCAUGAACUCUAAACACACACACACACACACACACACACACACACACACACAGACAAACACACUCUCAACACAGUCGUCAGGUAUGUGUUUACAUGGACAGCUUUCAAGGGACUUUCAUUGGGAGACACACACGGAAUGUUGGGAGUCAGGACUCCGCUUGUUAACACUACUAGAAUUUGAAUAAUAAAUUAUUAAUAAAUAAUUUUUAAUCAUGCUUUUAAA